GGAACGCUACAUGGAUAACAACUCUCGCUUGUGGCAGAUACAGCAUCAUUUAAUGAUUUCUGGAUAUGCCACAAAAGGAUCCGUGCCAGAAACAAGCCUGUGAAAUACAGAAAUGUUUACAAGCCAACAAUUACAUGGAAUCAAAGUGUCAAGCUGUCAUUCAAGCACUGCGUAAGUGUUGUGCUCAAUAUCCCAAGGGAAGAUCUCCUGUCUGCUCAGGAUUUGAAAAAGAAGAAAAGCUGACACUGAAGACUCCAUCAGAGUGAAGUUCUGCUGAGAAGUUAAAUGCUGUUUCAUUUCCACCAAGAACAUUUUGUUUAUCCUCCUGACUUCUUUCAGGCCAGGUAGCAGCAAAUAGCAAAUGAAAAAGUCAACUACAAGAGUUAAUGAAUAUGCCAUCUAUGCAGAAUACAGAAACAGAAAUGUAUUAAAAGAAAAAUAUGUAGAAUGUAAAAACUGAGCUGCUAAAAUAAAGCUGUUUAAAUGAAGAUUUUUGGUUUGGUACUCUAUUUUAAAGCUAUUAGAUACAACUAUUAAGGAAUUCUCUUUAGCACUUGAGUUCACCACUGGUGCCAUUCAUAAAACUUAAGUCAUGGAGGCAUGUUAGUUGAAGAUUCAUGUUUCCCUUCCUAGAUUAGAUGCUAAAUUAAAUCAAAACUUCUUUAGCCCAACUCCAUACCUGAUGUACUUCCAGUAAUGCAAAGUAUCCUUCUAGAGCAUUUCUUUCUGUUUUACAUUCCCAUCACAGUACCUAGCCAGAAGCUGCUUAAUUUUUGUUGUCGGUGGUAGGAAAGGCAUAUAAAUGAUUCUCGUAAUGUUUGGUGAUCCCUUAUUGUAAAGAUUGGAAGUCAGAUAAGCAGCAAUAGAAUGAAAUGUUAAGUGGUCUAUCUAUUCUUCAUGUCCUUAUUAUAAUCAAAAGCUGUUACAGUAGAUUCAGAUACUACUACAGAGAUGCUGAGGGAAGCUUGUUGGAAGUUUGCAGCUACUUUAUGGCCAUUUGCUUUCCUCCAACAGGUGCUAGAUCUAUCACUGCCCCUCCUCCCCAGAAGAAAAAGAUGACUUUUGAAUAAAUGAAAGAUACCUUUUUCUAAAAGAUGACUAUCAGAAUGAAAGCAAGAGAAAUUCUGAUAAGUCCUUCAUGUCCAAAUACCAUUAUUGUUUGAGGCAGUAUUCCCCAGUUUCUAGGAAUUGUUUAAAUAUGCAAAAGGGGGGCUUCUGUGGUCAGGUAUUUGGAGAGUGCUGGCUAGGCGUAAGUAAACAGGUUACUUUCUUGUCACGCUUUAGUUUUUUGUAUGCUAAUGUAAAUUAUUUCUUUGGAAAAGAGUAUAUUGCCAAGUGAACCUAUUUUUGCAGACAAGAAAGACUGUUUUCCUAAGACUUGGAGAAAUACUGCCUUGAGGACACCGGUCCACAAACCAGAGUUAACAGUGCUAAAUUCCCAUGAAAUAAUUUAAAGGAACCCUUGUGUUAAUAGUAAAACAAUUUAAUAAGGUAUUUUACAACUGUUUAUACCAUCUCUGAAUCUAAAUUACUUAAAUUAAUGGAUAGUGGUGGGAUUUACAUUAGAAUUAUAAAAUCAAAUAGGUUAUUUUUAUUACAAAAUUAAUUUUACUGUGUUUUAGGCUGUUUUAUAUGGUUUUUCGUAAGGUACAAACUUCGAGUUCAAAAGCUUCAAAUCAAUUGUUCCUUCCUUUAAACUGCCCUCAGUUUGUCAACAGGUCUCUUGAGAGACAAUCAUCUAAACCUUACUCUCCUUAGCUACUAUAAUCCAUAGAAAAAUGAGACAGACAUCAGAGAAGGCUAACAUUUGCCAAGUGCUUUUCAUUUAACAUGGAUUGAGAUUAGCACUGAAACUCAGUCUUCAAGAAAGAACUCUUAAUGGGUGAGAAGUUAUGUUUUCAUCCAUUUGAUUUUUGUUUUUUUGAGACAGCACCUCCCUAUGCAGUUUAGGCUGGCCUUGAACUCGCUAUGUAGGCCAGA